CACAGCACAAGUUUGUGCACAACAAUACCAGUGUGGUGAUCACGUGCGUUUAAAACAAUCGGUCAAGCAUUUGUUUAACUUUAUGCCAUAUAACUUGGUCAGCUGCUAGUUCCAACUUCAUAAUGGGCACAAGCAUGGAUUCGAUUAGGACGCUGUUGAUCUACGUCCUGCUUUGUGCCGAGUCGUUCGGAGCAGACUAUAUUCCAUCUUUUGAACCGCUUUCCGAUCAAAUUAUCCAUUACAUCAACCAUAAGGCCAAUACCACAUGGAAGGCAGCGAAAAACUCGCGUUUCAAAACGCCAUCUGAUGUGCGCCGAGUGCUUGGAACUCUUCCCGACCCAAACGGAUUUCGCCUGGAAAAACGUUGUUUGAUAUCCACCAUACGAGAACAAGAGCUACCAGAAUCAUUUGAUGCACGUGAGAUGUGGCCACAUUGCAGUUCAAUAUCAGAAAUUCGUGAUCAGUCAAACUGCGGAUCGUGUUGGGCUUUCGGAGCUGCGGAAGCUAUUUCUGAUCGUAUUUGCAUCGCAUCCGGAGGUAAACAUCAGCCUCGUAUCAGUGCAGAAGACUUAGUUGAUUGUUGUACUGAUUGUGGCAUGGGUUGCCAAGGUGGUUAUCCCGCACAAGCAUGGAACCACUGGGCCCGAAAAGGACUAGUGACGGGCUUGUACAAUACGACGGGCACCUGUCGACCUUACUCUUUUCCUCCAUGCGAACAUCAUGUUGUCGGUCCGCGAAAACCUUGCGCCGGAGAUCCUGAAACACCCGAGUGUGUGAGAACGUGUCAGCCAGACUAUUCGAAGUCAUACGAAGAAGACAAGUGGUACGGUUCAAGGGCGUACAGCAUUCAUUCAGACCAGGAGGCAAUCAUGCGUGAGUUAAUGACGCACGGACCACUGGAAGUUGACUUUGAGGUGUACGCGGACUUCCCGAGCUAUUCAAGUGGAGUGUAUAAGCACGUGGCAGGUGGACUACUGGGCGGUCAUGCGGUUCGGUUGGUUGGCUGGGGAGUUGAGAACGGCGUAGACUACUGGCUGAUUGCUAAUUCGUGGAACACUGACUGGGGUGACGGUGGUUAUUUCAAGAUUAAACGAGGUGUCAACGAAUGUGGUAUUGAGAGUGACGCCAAUGCGGGUCUUCCAAAACUGUGAACAAACUUGAUCGUGAUUCUGAACGAAUACCUUUAAAACCAGUGUUUUUUGGGUCUGAUCAAUGUUUAUCACACAAUGUUCCCCUCUUACUUUUCUCCAACAAAACAAGUUUUUUACGUUACCACAUGUGGGUGUGAAAGGUGAUGACCUUAUAACCUUAAGAUGAUGUCACUGUAGUAAAAUCCUGUGUUCACCUUAAAUACAUUUUAGAGAAGCACUGGCGCACAUAAAUAGACAAGGAAAGCUUUUGCUCCUUUCUUCGCAAACUCAUAUGAUGUUAUGUUAAACCCGAACGAAUAUUUCGCUUGUAUCGUCCACGUUAAAUCCGGUUGGGGUUCAUAAGGGAAAUGCUCAAAUCGUUAAACUUUUGUCGAUAAAUCCCUUCUAGUCUAAUGCUGGAAGAAAUGGGAAA